AGUCAGCGAGCUGACGUUGGACAGUCUUUGGAGGAAGGGCUACACUGAGGCGACCGACAACAAGACCAUGGAGAUGAAAAGUGAAUGAGCGGAAGGAUAGGUGUUUAGAACAACACCAAACUAUGAAAAACUUCGUCGCUUCGUUCAUCGAAGCGCAACACAAAAAUCACGUCCCUAGUACGAUGCGAAAAGAAGUCCUUAGCAAUCAUGGAUGCCACUCGACCAACGCCUUCCCUCGUACCGAAGUGUUCCAGCUCUUCACAUUUUCCCUGCGGACGACUUAUGGUAAGAGUGGCUGGCAUUUGUCGAAGUGAUCGAGUAACAGCAACAUUACAAAGAUGCACGUCGAUCAUCACCGUGGAGAAAGCUGGGACACAGGGGUCAGCUCCUGCAAGCCGACUUCGGACCCCACCGCCAGCGCCGUCUCAUUGGCUACCAAGCCAUCGCUUAUCUUCAAUCUCCUGUUUACCUCAUCGAAACCACCAACUCCAACAUGCCUCCAAUAUGACCACCAUCUCCACGCCCAGACCCAAGUUUUCCUGCCCAAGCAAAUACCCUUACCCGUCGGCCAUUCAUAAUGCAGCAAGAAAAGUUCCGCUGCACCGUUCGGUCCUGCCCGCCACUAUGAGACAAGCGUAAUGCAUAUCCGUUUGCAAGCACAUGUUCCUUAUCAGCAUAGGCGAGCCAUCCUGCAUUGCCCAGUCGGCUAAGAGCUUCAAACUGUC